CGGUGGAGACGCAGAGCACCAGUUCAGAGGAGAUGGUGCCCAGCUCCCCUUCCCCUCCACCUCCUCCGCGGGUCUACAAGCCAUGCUUUGUGUGCCAGGACAAGUCAUCUGGUUAUCACUACGGAGUGAGCUCCUGUGAGGGCUGCAAGGGAUUUUUCCGCCGGAGCAUCCAGAAGAACAUGGUGUACACCUGCCAUCGAGACAAGAACUGUCAGAUUAACAAAGUGACCCGCAACCGCUGCCAAUACUGUCGGCUGCAGAAGUGCUUCGAGGUCGGCAUGUCCAAAGAAGCCGUGCGCAACGACAGGAACAAGAAGAAGAAGGAUGUGAAGGAGGAGGUGGUGCUGCCCGAGAACUACGAGCUCAGCGGAGAACUGGAGGAGCUCGUGAACAAAGUCAGCAAAGCUCACCAAGAGACAUUCCCGUCUCUGUGCCAGCUGGGAAAAUACACCACGAACUCCAGCGCUGACCACAGAGUGCAGCUGGACCUGGGCCUGUGGGAUAAGUUCAGUGAGCUUUCCACUAAGUGCAUUAUAAAGAUUGUGGAGUUUGCCAAGCGGCUACCAGGCUUCACUACGCUCACCAUCGCUGACCAGAUCACCCUCCUCAAAUCUGCAUGCCUGGACAUCCUGAUGCUGAGGAUAUGCACCCGCUACACUCCAGAGCAGGACACGAUGACGUUCUCAGACGGCCUGACUCUCAACAGGACCCAGAUGCACAACGCCGGCUUUGGGCCGCUCACUGACCUGGUGUUUGCCUUCGCCGGUCAGCUCCUGCCUCUGGAGAUGGACGACACAGAGACGGGGCUCCUGAGCGCAAUCUGUCUCAUUUGUGGAGACCGCAUGGACUUGGAAGAGCCAGAGAAGGUCGACAAACUCCAGGAGCCACUGCUGGAGGCUCUAAAGAUCUACACUCGCCGCAGACGCCCGAACAAGCCCCACAUGUUCCCUCGCAUGCUGAUGAAAGUCACAGACCUGCGAGGAAUCAGCACCAAAGGUGCCGAGCGAGCCAUCACCCUCAAGACGGAGAUCCCGGGCCCCAUGCCGCCUCUGAUCAGGGAGAUGCUGGAGAACCCGGACGCCUUCGAAGACAGCAGCGACUCCAGCGACAGCGCCUCGGCCCCUCCGCCGGCCAUCCAGGCCAUCAAGCAGGAGGAGAAGUCCACGUACGAGUCGGCCUUCGAGGAGGAAGAGGAGGAGGAGGAGGACGACUACUGGGACGAGGAGAGGGAGUGGGGGGCGGACAGCGACGGCGAGCCGUGGGGGGAGGCGGCACAGAAGAAGGCCGUGGCGGGAAAGACGCAGUGAGAGAGGAAGGCCACUUCCUGUCUGAGAGACCGCUGAGCCGCACAGAGCAACGCCACCUCACAGAUUUAGGCUCGUUAAUGACAUUGUGACAAACUGUACAUACUGACUUCGAGGAAACUGUUUUCAGUUCAGAAUAGGAAGCAAAAUAAACAAGGAGAAAAAGCACUACAUUUCAGUGGAUGAAUGAGGGCACCGUUAAAAUAUCGACGUGACUUUGCAAAAAUAAAACAUGUUCCUGAGUUCAACACCACAGAGCAGCAGGGAUUGCUGGGAGGAAGAAAAGGAGCUCCACUUCUGUCUCUUAAGGGCUAUGCUUUGUAUAAAAUGGUUGAUUGCAGCAGCUGAGCUCUACAUGGUGUUCAUGUACCACGAAUGUCUUCUCAGAAUUACUUCUCAGAGAUUAUGCAACUUAUUUUUAUUUUAUUUUUAUUUUUUUCUAUGUUCCUCCUUUUCCUGAGCAUGUUACCUUUACGUCUGUUUGCCUCUUCUUUUGUUUGGUAUAUAUUUUUUACUCUCAUUCGACUCGAAGCGUGUGACGUUUGAACUUUUAACCCUUUUCAUUUCUGCUUUAUUGGACAAAAGCAUUUAAAAGUGUGAUAGAGAGACAAGAGAGUCAUGAGCGGGACUCAAACUCAGAAAAAUCGCAAAACGUUUUUCAGUCUUGAAAUUAUUUGAGAGAGGACAAUAGGAAAGCUGGUGUUUUACCUCCGGUGCCAAAUAGGAAAAAAUGCAAACACAAGACAUAUCUCUCAUCGUUUUUAUAAAUCUAUAUGAAUAUUUCUGACUCCUCCCCCCAUUAAAAUCUUUAAAUCUUCAGAGGGGUCAUCCUUCGCUCUCAGGUUGAUUCUGUCUCACCUUUAUGUGUAACAGUUUCUGCAAAACUGAAAAUCCCAGCCACAUAAAGUCAAGAAAUAACUUGUGAUAUUGCAAGUAAAGAUAUUUAAACAGAUAUUAAAAUAAAUAUACUCAGGAGGUAGUGUGUGCGUGCGUGUGCGUGUGUGUGUGCCAUCUUCAACAAUUCAAGCUCAAAAGCACAGACGGGAUACAAAGAAACAAACAUUUUAAAAUAAUGCCAAAUAUAGUAGUUUUCCAUCUUUACACACAUUCCAUGUUUAAAUUUAUGAACUAUUAAAAAUAAAUGUAAUAGAUGAAGCUCAAAAAGAUGUAUUUUAAAUUGAAUAUGGAAUAUCAUCGGUUUGCCCUGAACACACUGGAUGCAUGCAGAGCCGGUCCAAAGUUGGGCUUUGAUCUGGAGAGCCACCACUGACCCACUUAAACUUAGGAUGUUUUAAAUCUAUAAAUUAAUAAACUAAUAAAGCUGCAUUUUAAAUAUAAAUGACUUUUAGUUUAAAUUUGACGUCCAGAAGCCUUUAGAGAGAAUUUAAAAGCAGGUUGAUUGUUGAUAAAUGUGUCAUUUUGAAAUCGACUCAGAAGUGGGAAAAUGAACUGUUUUGGGUCAUUUAGUACUUCUGACAAUUUGCAUCUAAGUAAACCAGUACCGCACGUAAUGUUUGUGCAAACUAUCGUGCUACGUUAGUGUUUAAUGUCUAAAAUAGAGAAAAAUGCAUUGUUUCCUUCUUGUAUUAAUAGUAGUUAGCUGAUCCCAAUGACUGUCCGACUGAAAUGUGUUCAACUUUGGGGUCAAAUUGAUCCAAAAUUUGACAUCAGAGACGAAUCAAUUAUCCCAUGAGUUUGCCUAUACCUUGGGCCGGCUCUGGUUACAAGUUAGAAAACAUUACUGAAGAAUUUAUUUAGAGUUAAAAGCCUCAUCUCAGAGAUGAAUUAAUUGGAAUGAUUGUUAAUUGAUCAAAACUUAUCAUCCAGCAUCAGCAGUAAACGGGUGUCUUCCUGAAGCACACGGUGAUGUUUUAGUGAAAUAAAAUAUUGCAAUUUUAUUGUAAUAAUAGAAUAAAAAACUGAUCAAAUGAAAGACUUGUGUUGAACACCAAAAGUAUUCAAGUUUUCUAAAUUAAAAACUAUUUAUAAACAGAUUAAGUCAUCAAAAAGGCAAAACUAAAGUUGUCAGGAUUUUCAUUAAGCUGUAUUUGUUCUUGUUGGAUCAAAACGUUGCUUUCUCACACACACACACACACACACACACACAUUGUAACAUACUAAUUGCAUAGCACCAGCCAAAAUUAGACUUUUCAUGAUCUUUUCAGAUCCUAUAAUGUUUAUUAAUUUCAAAGUAAAUGCUUUGUUUCUGAUGUUAUCUUGAAUUUGAGUCGGUGCAAUAAAUUAACCACAGAGGUUGUCGCCAAACUCUCAAGCCAGCAACAUCAUAAACAUAGAUAUGUAACAAUAUAAAAAUAAAAGACCAAAGACAGAUACGUCACUUUGUGUUGGGCAGGAUUUUACUUUUUUUUUUUUUUUUUAAAUAAUGAAGCUGGAUAAAUCUCGUCUCUCUAACAUUUUGUUGUUGCUGAUAAAUAAAUGUCUGUAAUAUUUUAUUCCAGGCAUGUUUGUCUACGUGUUCAGGGAGCGACGACGUUCAUCUUCUUCUAUCUGAGAAACCAAACUAGCUUUGAUGACUCCAUUGCACACAGCUACAAACAAAUUCAAAAACGGUGUUGAAAUGCUCUGGUUACAUUUCUACGAGAGGCUGAAACUAUGUUUGCUUUUUUUAUGCUUACUAUUAAAUGUUUUUAUGAUGUUUCCUGUA